AUGAGAUGUGUAUUUGUGUUGUGGUUAUGUUUAGUCACUUAUCUAGCUACUAUUUCUGAACAAUUUGAGUCUAUUCCUAAGUAUACAAAGUCUGAUCUAGUUAGUCCUGAUCCAAUUCUACUUUUUAUCUACUAUGAUGGUCAAGAUAAAGGCAAAUGUAUGGCUUGUGAAGGAUAUAAACAAUGGUUAACUCAAUUACGUCAUCAAAUUGGUGUAUUUAAAAUCAAAAGACUUAAUUUCUAUACUUCACCUACUUUAGUGUUAAGAUUUAAAACAACUAACUUUCCUACCUUCUUCCUACAAUAUCAGCAAGAGUUCAAAAACAUCACUGAUGUUGAUUUCUUUAAUUUAGGACUACGAUAUCACAACAAUCGAUAUGCUAAUGAUAUUGAUGCUAUUCUUAAAAAUCCACAAGUUCUUGAUAGGAUAACUACUCUUAAAGGUCUAAAAGCCCCAUCUUCCAUUUGCUCUUUGAUUUAUGCCCAAGUCCUAGCUGUCUUACUAAGUACAGCCCAUUGUCUGGACAUUCUUCAUGCCCUUAUACCCUACUGGGUACUCUUCCUGACCAUACUUGUUCUUCUUCUAGCUGCCCGUCUUUGCAAACGAUCGCCUACAACUACUGCCGAUCAGAAGAAUAAAUAG